ACUCCGUUCGGACAGUCUUGCUGCGCGCCGCCAUUACUGUCGGCCGUUUCGCGCGCUUUUUUGACGUAUAGCCAGUGUUGCAAAUCUACGGAUCGCAAUUUUUUCAGUGCGUGAAAAAAUGGAAAUGAGGUGGCGAUAUCUUUUAACGAUCCUUCUCCUCGGAGUAGCGAUGGCUUCAGAAGAGGAGGACAGCAUCCCUGACGCCGGAGUGGGCGAAGAAGAGAGCGGCGAACUGGCCUUGGACCAAGAGGAGUCCCGCAACCUCCGACCACGAGCAUACACACCGACGGCAUACAACGCUCUGCCCAGCGGAUUUAGGCCGACACCAUCGUUAGCGGAACUGGCUGGCUACCAACGCCCACAGCAGCAAGAGCAGGAAUACAUCCAGCCUACCAGACCAGCGCAGCAACAGGUCUACAUCGAAGAACCCAGGGCGCCGGUCAGACCAGUGCAGCGGAGGGUAAUUGUUCGACCACAGCAAGAACGUCCAGCGAGACUACAGCAACAACAGCUCCAAGAAGUGGAGGAAGAGUUGGAGGAUGAGAAAGAGGAACCCGACCGUCUGUCCGAGCUCCUGCAACAGUCCAAGUUCAACUGCGUCGGCAAACAGACAGGUUACUACGCUGACGAGGCCCUCAACUGCGAAGUCUUCCACUACUGCCAGGACAGCGUGAAGCACUCCUGGAUCUGCCCUGAUGGAUUUACUUUCCACCAGGUUCACUUGAUCUGCAUGCCGCCGACACACGACAACAUCUGCAUGAAGUCGUCCAAGUACCACUUCGUCAACGAGUACCUCUACAGGCCUAUCAACGAGGAGGAGGUCCAGAAGAAACCCAACGUGUCCCUCAAGUACUCCGACAGGUACUACCCCGCUGAAGUCUACAGGGAUGACCGCUACGAACAAGAUGAAGAGGAAGAGGAGGAGCAGCCACGCCGCCAGCCACCUCCGCAGCAGCACCACCAGCAGCAGCAGUUGCAACAGAUCCGCGCCUCUCCCAGGCCUCAGGUCGCGCCGCAGGUGUUCAGAUCAGCGGAGGAAGUCAACAUCCCCCUCGUGCAGAGACGCCCGCAGCGCCCCUACGACUUUGACUUCUAAACUUAUUUUAUGAUGGCAUUUUUGACAGAGAUUUUUUAAUUUCAGUUUUACUCAACAAACACUAUUUUAAUUUGUUUCAUAACUACCCACAUUCGAUUUGCGUUGUUUUGCUAACUCGCAUUACUUCUACCUCAUUUUAAAAGACUAUAUUCUUCGAAUUGUUGUCAAAAUUAAUAUCGAAUUUUCAAAAAUCUUGCUAAUUAAGUCCGUUAUUAUUAAUGUCAGAAUGCCAUGCCAUGUUGGCGAUGCAAACAUUGCCUUGACUUGUAAAUAUUUUCUCUGGUAAUUGUAAUUCAAGCUCAUUUUUUGUAAUUGCCCAUAAAUUACAUAAACAUAAG